UAUCCUUCUUCCUCUUCUUUUCUUUGCUCCUCUUCUCCUCUUAGUCUUCAGUUUCUCCUCUAUCUCCUCCUUCCUCCUCCUCAUUCUUGUCUUGGUCUUGUCUUCAUCUUCAUCCUUAUUCUCGUUCUGAUUUUCGCCUCCCUCCUCCUCCUCCUCCUCCUCCUCCUUCUCCUCCUCAUCUUCGUCUCCCCUCAAGGAUCCUCAGCCAUGGAGUCCUUCGGCGGGUUCCAGGACGCCGUCAAGCGGGUCAUCCACACUCAGCACACUUUCCCUUCCUGCGCCAAGAACAACAGGGCACAGACGGUUCGGGAUGAGGCACAGGGCAGGCCGGUGUUCGUGCCCUCCGCCCCGCCCAAGACAAUGCGGCACAGCUUCCAGAAGGCGGUCAAGAAGGUGGUGACCACGCAGAACAUCACCGAGGCGGACAUGCUGGCCGCCAAGAAGCGCGUGCUGUACCCCACCAAGCCUAAGAGCUCCGUCCAGAAGGUGCCCAUCCUUGGAGGUCAGCCCAUCACCCUGGAGACUGCCCUGGCCCUUCGUAAGCAGCUGUUUGGGGCCUCCGAGCUGCUGGUCCCUGCCUUGAGCGAGUGGUUGGGUCAGUCCUUCUGCUUCAAUGACCCCGACACCCCCAUGGCCUACAGUCUCAAGAUGCAGAAGGCGAGCAUCAAGGGUCUGGCCAUGUGUGUGCAGGGAUAUAUACUCAAGCAUCUUCUCUUCUCGCGACGCGGCCCACGAGUCAACGGCGAUCCGACACAGUUGCUCCGGGCCACCACCAAGCAGCAGGAGGAGGCGCUGGUGGGUUCUCUAAGCGACAUCCUUUGGCGAGCGGGUGACAGGCAACACGUGGUCCUCUGUCUGACGCAGGAGAACACUUACCUCACCGAAAAUCCAGAGUUCCAAGGCGACGGAUGCACGGAGAGGAUUCACACGUUCGAUUUUAAGAAGCAAGACGAGCUGACCUUCAACCUCAAGAAGUAUUUGUUUGAGUUCUUGGCGGAGGACGGAAAUGGGAUGUUGCUCCUCCUCUACAGUCUCACUCUCUCCCGCGGCUUCGUCAAGUUACACGACGACCUAUCGGGCGAGGACCAUCCGCUUAUAGAGACCAACGGCACCAUCCACCCGUGCCUUGUGACUCUGAUGCUGACGGGCCGCGCCACUCGCUACCUCCACAACGGCAUCGUCUACGAGGGCACCGAGGACACCAUGGCCAGGCCCAAGACGGGGAUACUGACGAGGAGCGAAAUUGGGCUGAUGGUGUGGACGCGGAACGACGGCGGGGGCGGGCAGGUGGCGGUCGGGUCGCGGCUCAAGACUCCCUCGCUGCCCAUCUGGGUGACGCGAUGCAACGACGCUUACGGGAUACUCUUCAACCCUAACCGAGACCUCAUUAGGGACUACCACGCAGAAAACAGGUUUGAGCUCCACUACUUCUCGUCCACCGUGACCCAGACCACCGCCACCAUCGUCACCAUCGACACGAGGAACCAGGUGGCGGUGGAUGAGUUCAAUUGCUCGCCGCUCGAGAACCUCAUCCACACCAAAUGGCAGGGCGCGGAGAUAUGCUGGAACGGGACGGCGCCUCACGUGUAGCAGCUGUUCUCAUCUCGCCUCAACACCAGAAGAAGCAAUCCAAGACCUGUACCCGAAGAUUUACACCCUCGAGGCAUUAUCCAAAAGUCGCACAAGCUCUCCGUCCCACUCCGUCCCCUUCCUCCUUCACUCCAG